AUGGAAAACGGCGCUGCUUCAGAGGGCAAGGAUCCCUCGGCCUUUCUGAGUGAAAUCAUCGGCGCACCGGUGAUUGUCAAGCUCAACUCGGGUGUGGUAUACAAGGGUGAGCUUCAAUCUGUGGAUGGCUACAUGAACAUCGCCCUGGAGAAGACGGAGGAGUUUGUGAAUGGGAAGCAUCGUCGCAGCUACGGAGAUGCCUUUGUGCGUGGUAAUAAUGUCCUCUACAUCUCCGCCGCUUGA